AAGACUUUCUACAUCUAAAUCCAAACUCUCUCUCUCUCUCUCUCUCUCUUCACACAUCAAACUGUUCACUACAUUUGAUUCUUGAAAUGUAGUAUGAACUGAUCAAGACAAAGCUUCAGAUGAUGAAUCUAGGUCUUAUACACAUGUUUAGAUAGUUACACUGUGGCGUAUUUAUACAGGUACAUCGAUGUCGACGAGUUAUAGUCCUUCGAGAAGCCCAGCGAGCUCGAGAUUUCUGUUGGGUGGUGUUGGUGCAGCAUCGAGGCUGAGAUCUUCGUCGCUCAAGAAGCAGCCGGAGCCUCUCCGCCGUGCUGUCGCCGACUGCCUGUCAUCUUCGACCACAUCCCAACAUUCAACCUCCUCGGCUCUUGCCUCAGAACCUUCGCGGACUCUCCGGGACUAUCUGGCAGCACAUAAAACAACUGAUUUGGCUUACAGUGUGAUUCUAGAGCAUACACUUGCUGAAAGAGAGCGCAGCCCAGCAGUAGUUGCAAGGUGUGUCGCGCUCUUGAGACGGUUCCUUUUGCGAUAUAAACCGAGCGAGGAAACAUUACAACAGAUUGAUCGGUUUUGCAUUAACAUAAUUGCUGAGUGUGAGACUAGUCCAAACCGAAAAUCGUUACCAUGGUCACGAUCUUUGAGUCAACAAUCUGCGGUGUCACCAGCAUCAACGAAUACAUCUCCUUUACCUGUGUCAAGUUUUGCAUCGGGAGCACUUGUCAAGUCAUUAAUUUAUGUCCGUUCUCUAGUGGCUCAACAUAUUCCAAAGCGGUCAUUUCAACCAGCAUCUUUUGCUGGAGCCCCACCCACAUCAAGACAAUCACUUCCAACAUUAUCAUCUUUGUUGAGCAGGUCCUUCAACUCCCAAUUAAGCCCUGCAAAUGUUAAAGAAUCUACAGAGAACAAAGAGAAAUCUGCUAUAUCUGUAUUAGACUCUUCAAUUCCUGAAGAAAUAGAUGGACCAGAGGAUCUUGAUUUCAUAGCCCCGGAUGUUAUCAAAUGGCGCUGGUGUGGAGACCAACAAUCAUCAUUGCUUUCACUGGAAAGUGAUCGUGUUCUGAAUUCCCAAGACAUGAGUAAACAUAAUUUCCUCGAAGUAGGUGCGGCAGCUCUUCUUAUAGGGGACAUGGAAGCUAGAAUGAAGGGUGAACCUUGGCGAAUUUUUGGGACUUCUGAUAUGCGUUAUCUUGAUCAACUGCUGCAGCCUUCAUUGCUCACAACUGUCACCAAUUCAGCCUCUGCUCGUGCCCACUUGAGAGCCAUAACAGCAUCUAAGCGCUCUAAACCAGGCGCCAAUCAAAUUUGGGAAGAUUCACCUGUGGGUACCUUCCGACCACGUACUCGACAACUUUUCCAAUACCGUCAUUACAG